CGAAACCCUAGAUUGAGAGAAGAAAGAGAACCAAAAAUGGCGAUUUCUGGAGAUUUCAGAGUAUCUGCUGCGUUGGUUCCUUAUCCUAUGAACCCUCUUCGAAGCUGUUCGCCUCCUUCCAAGUUGGAUUAUAUUCUUUCCCUUAAUGGAGGAUCCAGUGGUUCCGAUGUCAUGCCCAAAUGGUCCCGUGCAGUAUUGGAUAGCAAUAGCAUGCACUGCCAUUCUAAACGACCUCUUGGGAUCACUGCAGCAUACAAGCUGUCCACAAAUUCCAUUAGCCAGGAAGCUGAGAGCUUCCUUCUUGAUGCCAUUAACAUGAGCUUCUUUGAGCGUUUGAACUUGGCUUGGAAGAUCAUGUUCCCGUCACCUACUUCAAGAAGGAACUCAAAUGCAAAGAUUGCCAAGCAACGGUUGAAGAUGAUUCUCUUUUCAGACCGAUGUGCCGUUAGUGAUGAGGCGAAACAGAAGAUAGUGAGCAACAUCGUGAGAGCCCUAUCAGAUUUUGUGGAGAUAGAAUCGCAAGAUAAAGUUCAACUGAGUGUCUCUACAGAUCCAGGUCUCGGAACUGUUUACUCUGUCACAGUGCCUGUGCGGCGGGUGAGACCAGAAUAUCAAGAUGAGGAUGAAUUUGGAACAAUAACAAAUAUUGAGUACAAAGAUACUGGGGAAAGUUCUGGUUCUGUUGAUGUCACGUUUGAUUUCUAUGUUUCCGACGGUAUGUGAAAUCAGGUUAUGCCUGAGUUUAAGCUUGAAAAGGUGAUAAAAAGGAGAAAAGAGAGAAAAAAAAUUUGUUUCCCUGGUAAUGAGAAAUUAUUACCUCAGGUAAUACGGAGUUCUUCUGUAAGAUGUUUGGGCAUCUAACAGUUGGAAUGACCUUUUAGUCUUGUAUAUAUUUGAGAUUUCUUGUUAGAUAGUUUAGAUUUGCAAGUAUGGAAACUUUUACUUGGAAUGAGUUUUGUGGUGACAUUUCAUCGUGCAUAUAUCGUGGAAACUUUUAAUUUUUGCAUCAUGGGUUCAGAUCUUGGCAAUUUUGGGUUUAGUCCAUAUGUCAUCUUCUGCAAGGUUAUUUUAUAGAGGCAGAGCUAUUAUUUGUGGGUUUUAC